AUGAUAGGUAAUAGUUCGAGACUAGCAACACAGUGGCGAAGUUCAAAGGCUACAAUAUCCAAUCAUAUCACUACCUCUCUUGCUUCUCCAUCGUCAAAACAGUCUUCAGUGAAAAGCAAUGGUAACAAUCUACCAGAUCCUCUCAUUAACAAUAACAGUGAUAAUGAUAACAUCAACAACAAUAAUAACGAGAGCAGAACCGGCAGUACUAAUAAUGACAAAGGUAGAUACGUAAAUACUAGUAACAGCAGUUGUGAUGAUGUAUUCUCCUCGGCCACUGAAGGCAAAAGAAGUAUUGAAAAGUGUCGCAGAAACCUCUCUUGA